AUGACGGAGAACAAGAUCAACAUCUUCCUGCGGAUCCGCCCGACGAAGAAGCAGCUGAGCAACUACGAGAUCGUCGACGACGGGCAAGGGCUGGUCAUCGACAUCCCCAAGGAGAACCAGGCGGUGGAGGUGAUCAACAAUACCAAAGAGCGGCACGAGUUCCGUUUCAACAAGGUCUUCGAUCGGGAAGCACGGCAGGAGGAGAUAUUCCAGGACGUCGCCCUCCCUGCCGUGACGGCGGCGCUAGACGGCUUCAAUGGCACCAUAUUCGCCUAUGGGCAGACCGGCUCUGGGAAGACCUUCACCAUGACGGGGGGACCCGAGAAGUACGCCGAUCGCGGCAUCAUCCCACGUACCCUCUCCCACAUCUACAACGAGCUGCGGCGGCGAUCGGACUUCUCGUAUCAGAUCCACGUCUCCUACCUCGAGAUCUACAACAACAAUGGGUACGACCUACUCGACCCCUCGCUCGAGGAGCAGGCGAAGCAGCUGGAAGACCUGCCCAAAGUCUCUCUGCAGGAGGACGAGGAUGGCAACAUUCACCUCAAGAACCUAUCGGCGCACCAUGCGCCGUCGGAGGAGGAGGCCCUCAAUCUUCUGUUUCUUGGCGACACGAUCCGCACGACCUCCGAGACCCCCAUGAACCUGGCCUCUUCUCGCUCCCACUGCAUCUUCACUCUCUUCAUCACAGCGUGCAAGGUCGGGACUGACGUCAUCCGGAAGUCGAAACUUCACCUCGUCGACCUCGCCGGCUCCGAGCGAGUCUACAAGACAUCAGCUCAGGGGAGUCUGUUGAAGGAGAGCAAGUACAUCAACGUCAGCCUCCACUUCCUUGAGAUGGUCAUCGUGGCUCUACAAGAGAGGAGCCAAGGGAAGAACCAGCGCCACAUCCCCUACCGCAACUCCAUGAUGACUUCGGUGCUCCGCGACUCCCUGGGAGGAAACUGCAAGACUAGUAUGAUCGCAACGAUGAAUCCUGAGAAGUCAAGCUUGUUUCAAUUUAGUCUCCAUGACAUCUUCGUAAUAUGA